AUUAAAGCCGGCUUGACUGGCGAGGGCAGCUCAGAAGAUAGAGGUCGGCUGCAGUCACUGCCGAGUCCGCUGCUGGUUCUUGGCUCCGAAGCAGCAUGGCGUGCGGGGCGACGUUGAAGCGGCCCAUGGAGUUCGAGGCGGCGCUGCUGAGCCCCGUCUCCCCGAAGCGGCGGCGCUGCGCUCCUCUGCCCGGCUCCACGCAGGGCCUCAGGUCCCCGGACGCCGAGCCGCCGCCGUUUCAGAUGCAGAGCCCACCACCGACCGUGCAGCAGUCCGCCCCGCCCGGCGGCGAGCGGCGCCUUCCAACUCCGGGUUCUUCCUGGUUCAAGAAGGACCAGCCCACCUUUACCCUCCGACAAGUUGGAAUAAUAUGUGAGCGUUUCUUAAAAGACUAUGAAGAUAAAAUUCGAGAGGAAUAUGAGCAAAUCCUCAACACCAAACUAGCAGAACAAUAUGAAUCUUUUGUGAAUUUCACAAAUGAUCAGAUUAUGCGACGGUACGGGACAAGGCCAGCAAGCUAUGUGUCCUGAGGCUUUCUUGCCUAUCUGGGUACCAGGUUUAACCUCAAGAGAUGGCUGCUGUACACUUUUUGCAACUGGUUUGAUACCCCAUUUCAGCUCCAACUUUGCAUCCUGAGAACACUUCAAUGUUUCUGCGGGUCCAUUUUUAUACAACUUGAAAGACCUUGGAACUUUCUGGUUGCCACAAGCAUAUCUUUCUUUUCUGCUCAUCCAAUAAACAGCUGUGCCCUACUGUGAUAGAUUUUCCAAACAAAAUACCUGGAGCAGCAGUUUAGCAAAAUAUGCCUUCAGUGGCCCUCAACAAAUGGAGUUUCCCCAAGCACAGUUCUGUAAGAAGUGUGUGUGAGAAUGUGUGUAUAUGUAUGUGUGUGUAUCUUAAGUUAUUAUUUGUAUUGUGCAGAUUUUUUGAUCUUGGGGAUCCUGGCUGUGAAUUUGAUGCACGACAAUUAUGGUUAAAAACAUUUGCUUGAUCUACAGAAGAUCAUUAAUGUUUGUGACCAUAUAAGUUGUAACAGUAGAUUGUUUUAUGUAUAGGUAUUAUUGUUAAAUACAGGGACUGUUUCCAGGCACAGAAUAUGAAUCAUAAGUUAGGAUGGACAUUAGAUGUGAUUAUGAUGAUACAGCAAAAGUCUGCAUUCCUAGGUCUGCAGAUGAGGUGAGGAAUUAAACUGGAGAUUGGCCAUUUGACACAUGGACUCUGAUUAGCUGUGUUAGAAAAAUACUUAAGACUCCAAGCCUUAAAAUACCCAUAUGGAGUCUGCGCUCACCUCAUCCACACAAUUGGCUCCCUG